CAGUAUUUAAUUUCGGGUUUCGAAAUCCAAUACAAAACCAAACCGAACCAAUGAAUACGGUGCGUUUUAUGCCGGCGCUUAUAAAAUAAAAGGGCCGGCCACUUGAUACCCUAAAAGAUAGAGUGUGAGGCACGCUAAAACUGUGGAAGUCUGUCAUGGAUUCAUCGCAGAGAGCGAUAACAGGAACGUGUUUCGCUGACCUCAAACCUCCCUUAUCUGACGAUACCAUCAAGGCGGCGCUUGACUCCGGUUUCGAGUUCUGCACUCCCGUUCAGGUCGCGACGAUCCCUUUAUUCUGCGGCUACAAAGAUGUUGCCGUCGACGCAGCCACCGGUUCUGGAAAAACCCUAGCUUUCCUCGUCCCGCUCGUUGAAAUCAUCCGUAGAUCCACGUCAUAUCCUCCCAAGCCUCACCAGGUUAUGGGAGUGAUUAUAUCUCCUACAAGAGAGCUAUCAGCACAGAUAUUUAAAGUGGCGCAGCCGUUUGUUUCGACUAUGACAAACGUGAACUCUGUGCUGCUUGUCGGAGGACGCAAGGUCAAAGCCGACAUGGAUACUCUCGAAGAAGGAGGAGGCAAUAUCUUGAUCGGCACGCCUGGAAGGCUUUCGGACAUAAUGCAACGUAUGGAAGUUCUUGAUUUCCGGCACGUUGAGAUUCUUAUUUUAGACGAGGCGGAUAGGCUUUUGGACAUGGGGUUCAAGAAGCAGGUGAAUUACAUUAUCUCUCGAUUACCGAAGCAACGUAGGACUGGCCUCUUUUCAGCUACGCAGACAGAAGCUGUUGAAGAGCUCGCCAAGGCUGGGCUUAGGAACCCCGUGAGAGUUGAGGUUCGUGCGUCAGAAUCAUCAUCGCAGCAAUUCACACACUCAAAAACGCCUUCUGGUCUUCAUCUUGAGUAUUUGGUAUGCGAAGCAGAUAAAAAAUCAUCACAACUAGUGGAUCUCCUGAUAGAGAACAAAAAUAAAAAGCUUAUUGUAUACUUCAUAACAUGUGCUUCUGUUAAUUACUGGGGACAAGUGCUUUCAAAAAUCCCUACCCUGAAGUCCAUAUCGUUAAUUCCUAUACAUGGGAAGAUGAAUCAGAAUGCUAGAGACAAGGCAUUAGCUUUGUUUACAGAGGCAACAAGCGGUGUUCUUCUGUGCACAGAUGUGGCUGCACGUGGACUUGAUAUUCCAGGCAUCGAUUACGUAGUUCAGUAUGAUCCCCCACAAGACCCAAAAGUAUUCAUCCAUAGGGUUGGCAGAACUGCUAGAUUUGGAAGACAAGGGAGGUCCAUUGUGUUUUUACUGCCCAAGGAGAAAGACUAUGUAGAGUUUUUGAGCUUAAGAAAGGUCCCUCUUCAAAAGAGAAAAUGCUCUGAGAAUGCUUCUGAUGUCAUCCCUAUUAUACGCUCAGUUGCGAUGGAGGACCGGGCAGUGUCGGACAAGGGAUUAAAGGCAUUUGUUUCCUUUAUCCGUGCUUAUAAGAAGCACGAGUGCUCUCACAUUUUCAUAUGGAGAGAGCUUGAAAUCGGCAAGCUAGCCAUGGGAUAUGGCCUCUUGUAUCUUCCUUCGAUCUCUGAAGUUAAACAACAUAGACUCUACAGUGACGGUUUUACACCUGUUGAAGGCUUCAAGUUACAGGACUUAAAAUUCAAGGAUAAAUCUCGGGAGAAACAAAGACAGCAAAACUUAAAAGAAAGGAAAGAGAAACGGGAAGAAGAAGAAAAAAGAGUGAAAGGCAAGAAAAGGUCGAAUAAUGCUUCUGCUUCUAAUGAUUCCAGCAAAGUGUCGAAAAAGAGAAAGCUAACAGGAAAGCAGAGACAAACCAUCCAAACAGCUGAAGAUGAAGAAGAGAUGGCUCUAGAGUAUCUGUUACUAAGGAAACAGAAGAAAGGGCUUAUUACAGAAGAUGAAUAUUUUAAACGUACAGAUUUGAUCUUAUAAGAAGUAAGUAACCUUUGAGGCUUAGAGAUGGGGCUUACUAUGCUUUAAGUGUUUUGUAGUAGAGAAUAUAUCACUCUCGUGUGUUUGUGGCUUUUGAGUCUUAAUUGAGAGAAUUAACUGAGAUCAUCU